AUGGGGGCAGCGCCAGCUGCAGGUGGACCUUGUGGCAGGAGCAGCCCUGAGCAGCCUUCCAUAGUUGCCGGCAGCAGAAACUUCUGUGGGCAUCUGGAGCCAGAGCCAGAGCCAGAGAAGCGUGGGCUCCACAUGGUUGUGCAAAUGACUAUUGCAAAGCGGCCCUCCAGCAAUUCCCCCAAAUUGAGAAACAUUUCCGUUGUGGCCAACAAAGUGGUGUCCUACCACGGACCCAACCUCAAGUCUGCGGACUCUACCAACCACCAGAAGGGGGCUCGCAGCACAGGCGCCGAGAUGUCCCAGAAAGCUGGUGCGACGAGCAAGGGUAAGAGCCAGAGCAGGGAGCCAGAGAGAACGCCUCCUCCCUUAGGUCCUGUGGCGGUUGAUCCUAAAGGUUGUGUCACCAUAGCCAUCCAUGCCAAACCGGGAUAAACAGACGUGACAGCGGACGAUGUGCGCAUGGCUAUCGCAUCCCCCACAACCCCACGGUUGGAAGGAGAGGCUAAUGCCGGGCUCUGUCGGUACCUUUCCAAGGCCUGGGAGCUCUGGAAGCGUGAUGUGGUUUGGGAUAAGGGUGGUAAAUCUCGUGCAAAAGUGGUGAAGCUGUUAGCAUCCAGUACCACAGAGGACAUCUUGGAGAAAUUAGAGCAGCAAGUUGAAAAAACAACAAAAAAAGCAUGUUAUGAGAGAAGUUUUUUAAUUGCUAUUCAUCGUUUAAUAGGAAAAUAUAUUUUUGUGCAUGGAAGAACGUGGAAAAAAAUAAAUUGA